GUGAAACUGAGUAGGGCGACACAGACCCGGAAGUGACUUUAACGUUGUGGAAGCGUGAGGAGAUUGUGUGGAGCUGCUCACAUUUAAUUUACUGAAAGAGAAAACUAAUAAAAAUGAGUUUGUUAAACAAGCCCAAAUCUGAGAUGACUCCAGAGGAGCUCCAAAAGCGAGAGGAGGAAGAGUUUAACACCGGUCCACUUUCAGUGCUCACCCAGUCUGUGAAGAACAACACACAGGUUCUUAUCAACUGUCGCAACAAUAAGAAGCUAUUGGGCAGAGUCAAAGCCUUCGACAGGCAUUGUAACAUGGUUCUAGAGAAUGUCAAAGAAAUGUGGACUGAGGUGCCCAAAAGUGGCAAGGGCAAGAAGAAGUCGAAGCCGGUCAACAAGGAUCGUUACAUCUCAAAGAUGUUCCUGAGAGGCGAUUCAGUCAUUGUGGUGCUGAGAAACCCACUCAUAACCGGGAAAUAAACCUGACGUAUAACACAUCUGUUCAAGUACAGGCGAUCUCCUGGACAUUCCUGUUAAUUAGACCUUUGAGCAAAAGACUUCUUUUGUACUCAAGGAACAGUACACAGUUUGUCUUGUGCUGCAACAUUUUGAUGGGAAACCUUUAGCAUCAUUUUUAAGAGAUUGCCUGGUCAAAGAAAGAAGACCUUUUUUUGUUUAUGUUGUAUAAAAAUGUGCUUUUUACAAAAAAUAAAUAAAAGUUUGGAUAUUCAAACAUC